UGCAAAUCCCGUCGUCGUAUUGUACUCCGUGCCGCAGGCUUCACAUCCUCCGCCUCGCCACGGUCGCUCGCGGUCUCGCUCCGGCAAACCCAAUGGCCGCUGCCAUCCCCAACGGCCACACCGCCGGCGGCGACGACGCGCCCCCUCCCGCUUCGUCGUCGCUGGUGUUCCUGGGCACGGGGUGCUCGAGCGCGGUCCCGAACGCGCGGUGCCUGAUCCAGCCCCCCGACCCGCCCUGCUCCGUCUGCUCCCAGUCCCUCUCCGUCCCGCCCGAGCUAAACCCUAACUACAGAUGCAAUACUUCUCUUUUGAUUGACUAUUGCCAAGAUGAAGGUGCACAUAAGUAUAUUAUAAUUGAUGUGGGGAAGACAUUCAGAGAACAAGUUCUGCGAUGGUUUGUUCGCCACAAAAUCCCUUGCGUUGAUUCUAUUCUUCUGACCCAUGAACAUGCAGAUGCAAUCUUGGGCCUUGAUGAUGUUCGGGUCGUACAGCCAUUUAGUCCCACAAAUGAUAUUGAUCCAACCCCAAUUUAUCUCUCUCAAUUUGCUAUGGACAGCAUCUCCCAAAAGUUCCCUUAUUUGGUCAAAAAGAAGUUAAAGGAAGGGGAGGAAAUCAGGCGAGUUGCCCAACUUGACUGGAAAAUAAUUGAGAGUGAUAUUCAGAAACCAUUUAUAACUUCAGGGCUAGAGUUUGUUCCCUUGCCGGUGAUCCAUGGUGAAGACUACAUUUGUUUGGGUUUCCUUUUUGGAAGAAAAUCAAAAGUUGCUUACAUAUCAGAUGUUUCGCGGUUUCCCCCAAGCACAGAAUAUGCAAUUUCGAAGUGUGGAGGGGGCCAACUGGAUUUGCUCAUAUUGGAUUGCCUGUACAGGACAGGUUCUCACAAUGUGCACCUAUGUUGGGACCAGACACUAGAUGCUGUUAGGAGGAUUUGCCCCAAAAGAGCAUUGCUCAUUGGGAUGACCCAUGAGAUGGAUCAUCACAAGGACAACCAAACAUUGGAAGAAUGGUCCAGGAGGGAAGGGAUAGAUGUGCAGCUAGCUCGUGAUGGCCUGCGUGUCUACAUUGAUCUGUAACCGUGAAAGGACCAUGCCAUACUCAGUGAACCGCGCCAGGCUUUUUGGCUGAUGUUAACAUCCAGUCCCUCUUGUGAAGAAAGUACAAUACAAACUGACUAAAAAGGCGAACAACCUGUUUGGUGCAUCAUUCUUCGUGCGCAACAAGUAGAUAUAUAAUAGCCUAUUUUAUGUUUCGCUAGUUUAUACGUGAAUCCCCGAAUAAUAGUUGGAUGUUCUUGUCAAUUGUAAGCUACGCUGCACUAGACGCAUGUGCACCAAUCGAAUUGAGCAUGUGAAUUUUCCCUCCGACGCGCCUGAGUCGAGUACUGUAUUUCGUAAGAGGAAAAUCGAUUGAGCAUGUGAGUACCACACAGCUUUUUUAGUCCAAUGGUUAAAAUC